AUGACCAUCUACGCAAGGAUUGUGCCUCUGAGCAACUCGACCUCCACGCCCCGGCACUUGAAUUCCUUAUUUUCCCUUUCUCAAGCUACCCUUUAUAAGAAGAGGUAUAAUUCCGCCUGCAUUGUGGUCAGGUUAUUUUUUCUUCUCACAGACCCAGAGGUCUCCAUUUCGAUCAGUGUUCUUUGUAAGCGGUCGCGGAACUCGGUGAUUGCCCGCAGAGGUCAACUGUCUGCUGUGCCUCCUCUCAACUUUCCAGUCGCUUUUCCCUCGUUUGGAUCAACCUCAAUUGACUUCACGCUGCGCGGAAUUGGCUCGCGGUUUCCUUGGAAAUCCGACUAUAUCUGA